CUCAGUAGGAGCCGCGUACGCGCCCAGCUAUCAGCUGCUACACGAGUGCAUAUUUCUCAUCGCAUAUGCAUGGCCAUUCGCAUGAUAUAUGAGACUCCGUUUUCUCUUCCUACGAGUCCGACGAAAAAAUCAUUAUAAAUUAUUAUUUAUUAUAAAGUUAUGACGCGCUGAUCGAAUCUUUCGCUUCGCUAUACAAGCAGUACUUACACAGUGUCGUUGUUCGAGCAUACACAAACGUGCGUUGAGCUUUGGUGUAUUUACCAAUAGUUGCUCACUAAUAUACAUGUAAAAGGCCCGAGAAAUGGUGAUUUAAGUGUGCGUCGAGCCUCUACCUGUGCAUGAUACCAAUAUACCUAUAUAGUACUUUGCCACUCUGCUACUGCCGGGGACUGCCGGGGAGAGAAGAACGAGAUAAUACUAUACAGACUACGGCACGCAGACUACGGAGCUCGCGAGAAGGAGAUUGAGGAAACGCUCGCUAACGAAGUAUGCUAUGAUAUAAGAGGAUAGUCGUCGAGAGCACCACCACACACAACGAUGCGCGCCAAGAUGAAGGGAAGCUCGCCAGCUGUAGUGCUGCUGCUGCUGCUGCUGCUGGGCCUGGUCACGGGGCUGAGUCUAGCCGCCAGCUACCAGGAGGACGACCUCGUGUUCGACGACGUCGGCGACGAGUCGGCCUCGCCGACCAGCAGCCAAGCCGAGCAGCUCGAGGAGCGCCAACACGCCAAGGAGCCGAAAAAAUGGUUGCGGGUCGAGAAGCUGCUGGGCAUGCCCGACAUCGCCGCCACCGUGGGAAAGGUCUUCAAGCUGCACGUGCCCAAGCAGGCUUUCUCCGGCAACGUCGAUUAUUACGAGGCACGAGGUGUCAACAAUAGAGGUCUGCCGCACUGGCUGCGCUGGGACGAGCCAGCCUCGGCUUUGUACGGCGUGCCGUCGCGACGCGACGUCGGACGCCAUCGCGUGACCAUCAGGGCGGUCGGCAGCCGCGGCGAUUCGGCUCAAGACUCCUUCUACAUCCACGUGGUGCCGACCAAAAACGAUCACUUCGCCCACAAAGACGGAAAGAAACGCUGCUCCGACGAUCAGGACCGGACGCUGCUGACCAUUAUGCUGGACGCGCAGUACGACAGUUUGAAACCCCAAGCCAAAGUCAAUGCAAUCGAAAACGUAGCUGGAUUUUACGGAGUACCGGCGAACUCGCUGACUAUUCUUCCGGACGCAGGAAAAGAUAGCCCAGUGCCAAGUCGAGGCUCAUCGAUUGUUCUCUCGGGACCGGGCAGUUCUAAGAGACGGGAAAAAUAUUCGACUGCUGUGCAGUGGCAGGUCGGUUGCGAUGGCCACUUCUGGCCCCACCAGAUCGACACGAUCAAGCAAAUACCCGAGCACGCUCGCGACGGUACGUUGGCCGAAGUCAUGGAACUUCCGGUUUACCAGUGGCGCGUGAGGAACGAGGCCGCAGACGCGACCCGCAGUCGGCGUCAGGCUGGCGCGGGCUCCGGCGACGACGUGCUGCCCGACGGCGACGGCAACGAGUACGACGACGAGAACGAGGACGAGUACGACGACGAGGACGCGGAUUACAACGAAGGCGUGACCGCAGCGCCGCGCACGGAAAAGCCAAUUACCCAGUCCGGCGUCGAGCCUAAGCUCGUUAUCGACGAGCACCCGCACAGGCAUCAUCACGGCGACGAGAAUAUCGCCGCCAUUGGAUCGGGUGUUAACCAUGAGGAUGAUUUCAUCUGGAGAGGUCCAGAAAUAAACAAUUCUCUGUUCGAUAAAACGAACACGACGAGUUCAGCGUCAGUGACGACCAACAUCGAAAAUGAAUUACCAUCGUCAACAACGACAACGACGACGACGACUACUACCUCUACGAGCACCACCACAACUACUACCACAACGACCACCGAAACGCCCAUCAUCAUGACAACGACCACUGAAAGUCCAGCACCGUCCGAAGCGUCGACGAGCGAUACGACCGUGUCGACCGAACCUCCCACCCCUCCAAUCAUUAUGGAAACCUCGAGUAAUUCCAACAUCAUAGACGAAGAAAAAGUAGAUGAAGACGAAAUAGCCGAAGUCGACGUCGAUGAGGAAAUAGAUGAAGAAAUCGAAAUACCAGACAUGACAAUCGAAAGCUCCACGUCUUCCUCUGCGACGACCAAUACAUCGACUGAUACUUUCAGUAAAGUAACAAAGAACGAAUUUGUUCCAAGUGAAACACCGCUGAUAAAUAAUAAUGAAAAUCAAGUUUUUACUGGCCCAACUGUACCUUUGAGCCAAAACAAUAGCAUCGACUUGUCGGUGAAUCUAAUCGACGAUAACGAUUACCAGAACGUGACUGAAACGGAAACUCUACCAGAGUCUACGACUACCGAUCAAGAGUCGACCUCUUCCGUACCCGUUUCGAGUGUCGAAUUCACAUAUGGACCAACUAGCGUUACUAAUAGCACCAGCAAUGUUAGCGAGGAAGACAUCAGCACAACAAUUUCUGUACAAUUCACACCGGUGGAGAAUACUGAAAAAACUAAGGAUUCAUCUGGAUCGCCAUCGACGAGUGUCACUGUAUCGAUGUCAAGCGAAAACCCCACGGAAAAAACUGUCCAAUCGUCUCAAAUUCCGAUCGACAACUACAAUAUUUCUGCUUUUGAUUCGUCAAGUACACAACAACCAACGUUAUCAACGUCUACGUCCACUGUGGCUCUUACGACAUCAACAAGAGAACCUAGUACAACAAGCAGUACCACAACUACGACUGAAGCAACGACGACAACUACAUCCACAACGAUGCCAGAACCUUCGACGCCAUCUUCUACCACCACAACGACCACUACAACAACGACCGAAGAACCAUCCACAACAUCUACCACUCCGAGUACCACAACUACAACUACGACUUCUACCACUACCACUUUAAGGACGACGGAGAGUUUCUAUCCAAGAAUUAGAAACAUGGCACCUAAAGUAGAAAGGCGUCUGAAAAAGAUACCCAUUACUCAAGGUAAAUCGUUGAGCUACACCAUUCCUGAAGAUACUUUUAGCGACCCAGAGGAUGGAAAUACACGCAAGCUGAGUCUGAGAGUCACCGAGAAAGGUGCUCCGUUGAAGCCUAGUCACUGGUUACAGUUCAACGAGCGCACUCAAGAAAUUUAUGGACUGCCGUUAGAAGAACAUUACGGAACAUACUUAUUCGAAGUUGAAGCUUCGGAUAGCGAGGGUUUGACUGCGAGCGACAAGCUUGAUAUUUCUGUCCAACAACACAAACAAACUCGUGCGAUCAAUCAUGAAUUCACUCUAUAUUUGAAAAUUGUCAAAAGGAGUGAUUUUCCGAAGAAUGUCGAUUGGCAACUUGAAGUCAUGCGUAAUUUGGCUCAACUUUACGGUGACAAGGAUUUGAGUUACAUAACUGUCAGAGCUAUAGACAUCAAUAACGAUCAAGCUAUUUACACGUGGACCAACGAUAGUUUGAUACGGACCAGCGACUGCCCUCACGAAGAAAUCAAUAAACUUCAUCAAAUGCUCAUUUCGAAGGAGAACAGUGAAGAGCCGAGCGACAACUUGAUAAGCGUAUUGGGACCGAAAAUAAUACCGAAACGUGUCGAAUACCAAGGCCUUGAACAAUGUCAAAAAACUAAAGAAACGAAGUUUAACGAAUAUCCUGUACCGAGAAAUCAAAUUGACCGUUUGAACGCGACCGCUGGUCAACUCUUCGUCUACAGAGUGCCAAAAGACACGUUCUUCGAUGAAGAAGACGGUGAUACUCGAAGCAUGAAAGCAACUCUGUUGACUGCUUCGAGAACAGAAAUACCAUCGUCGGAUUGGUUACAAUUUGAUAGUAGUAAUCAGGAAUUCUAUGGUGUGCCGAUGGAUCAGGACGUUGGUCAAAAAACGUAUCAGCUUGUAGUUAAAGAUAGCGAAGGUUUGGAAGCGACCGACAGUCUCGUAGCCGAAGUUCAUUCAGCGCCAUUUUAUCGACACCCUUUGCAGAUCUCCAUGGUACUCAACAUGCCGCGCAACGAUUUCGCACAUUCUGCGCUUAAAAAGCGUAUAUUUGUCGAAAAACUGCAGAAAGUCUAUGGUGAUCGCGACACGAGUGCUAUAUCCCUUGUGGAAAUGCACGGUAACAACGAUGGUACCACCAUCUCAUGGCGUAACAUUACUUUGCCAACGCACGAAUGCCCUCAUGAUGAAAUAGCUCGUUUGACCAAUGUCAUUGCUACUGAUCACAAUGGAGAGAAAAAUUUCACUGCGGCUUUCAAGCGAGAAUUCCAAAAUGGCCAACAACCUGAUUUCAUUGUAUCACAAGUUACAUUCAAACUUCGAGGAGUGUGUGAAAAGCAAAUUUACGGCAGUCCGGAAAAACCGCCGAUCGAUGAUUCUAGAUCGGUUGGAGCUAAACACGAUGAUUUAUACAUAACUUAUGUAUUACCAGCCGUAAUUAUCGGCUCUAUGUUCGCUUUAGCUGGCAUAAUCGCCUGUAUUUUAUAUAAGAGAAAGCGAAGCGGUAAAAUGAGUAUAAGCGAAAAGGACGAAGAAAGACAGAGUUUCAGAAGCAGAGGUAUACCCGUUAUCUUCCAAGAUGAGCUAGAUGAAAAACCAGAUCCUGGUAACAAAUCGCCGAUAAUUCUCAAAGAAGAAAAACCACCUCUACCGCCUCCAGAGUAUCAGCGUGCCGAGGAUGGUGCAGACAUUCCCAUGUUAUCGAAAGAAAAUUCCGAAGAGCCUUACCAACCGCCACCGCCGUUCGCGACGAAUCGCGACAGCAAUCGUCUGAAUAGACCAAAACCUACGCCAACGUACAGAAAGCCACCUCCGUACGUGCCACCCUAACAGAGCAAGGAUCGAAGCAUAAAAAAUAACAACAAGCACGCAAACGGCAUCAGUAAUAACAAUAUUAACAGCAAUGGCAAUGGCACGCUACACUCGCCAACUCGCAAGUACAUGCUCGCGAUGAUCGGCGGCGAUGAAUCCACCGUUGUGACCCGUAUUAAAAAUGGCUUCUGUGAAUCUCGCCGAUGAUCGCUUAUUAUUACUUAAUUAUAUAAAUAUUAGAAGUGCGGAAGUGCAUGUGUCAGUGUCUAUAUGUAUGUGUAUGUAUGUGUAUGCAAGAGUACGAGUUUUGAAUGCUGAAUUAACGUAGGUUCUUCCAAAGCUGGGGCUCUUCCGCAAACUUUUUAUUUUAAAUUUUCGAUUCGGCUUUUGAACGAUUUUUUAUUGUUAAUUUUCUGAUCAUGUUUAGAGAUUAAUUGUAGUUUGCCCGAGAGCCCAUAUUAUAUGUACGAGCAUUGUAUAAUGAUGAUUUUUCAAUUAUGACAAGUGACUGAGCUCCGGUAUCAAAUAAAACAAUACGCACACUAAAAAUAACAAACCAAAGUUCAGGAGCGUCAACGAAAACUGACUUAUUGGAAACUUCGUCGAUCACGCGUUGCCUUUUGUAACGAACUUCGCGUUUAGCGCAAAACGAAACUAAGAAAAACCCAUCAUGAUUCUCGUAAAAUCUCAUACUUGUGCAUCGAAAAAAAUUUAAAAGAAAAUUUUACGUGGAAAAUAAUGAAAUUAUAUAAUGAAAUAAUCUUUUUUAUUGUAUAUAAAUAUAUGCGUUCAGUGAAGAAGUGCAGCGAAAAUAAUGCGAAUGAAAAUCGUUUUUUUACACUGGGUUUAUGAAGUAUUCGUUUCUAUUGACGAAUAUUCGAUGAAAUUUUAGACUGUUUAAUGUACUUUGAAAAUUCUCGUAAACACUGCCAAACUUUGAACACAAUAAAUUGGCAUUUUUAAUUCGAUCAAAUCGUCUCCGUUUACUCGAAUGAAUUUUUAAAAUUAUACAUAUUAUAUUAAAUGACUGUUCUCAUUGUGAAAUGUAAUUUACAAACCUGCUUCCAUUGGUACAAUACGUAUCAAAGAUGUACUACCAGAGCGAAAAAUUAUAAUUGUAAAAUAUGAAUCUUCAAUUUCUAUACACUUAUUGUGCAUAAGUCUUAUGUUUUAAUAACUGUUGUACUAAUUAAUCAUUCGAUACUCUUCUAUUUUAUCAGUAAGUUCACAUGAAUUGUGAAUAUUAUCUGUAAUGUAUGAUAAUGUACCAUUUGAACAAUUUCAAGCAUUUAAAAAUUUAAGAAAUUUAUAAAAACAUA